GGCGUGCACACUCACUCCCACAAAUUUCUGCUCUUCCUGAGGCCUCAUCACCACCAACAAUCUACAUGCCAAUUAAAAACCAGCAUGAAUUCCUUGUUGAACAGCAAAGUUCUUCUGGGCGUCGUACUGUUCAUCCAACUGUGUGCUUGCUUCUCUCAGACUCUGUCGUCUGUAACUUCCGCUGCCCCUGAUGAGAGCACCACAGCUACUCACAUGGUGGCGAGCACUGAAUCGGACGAACAAAUGACCACACCUGGCCCUGGACCGAGGCCCCCCCAAACCACGGCCCCUCCAUUACUGCAGCGCCUAAUGGAGGAGAGUUCCCUCAUGGUUCUGGUGUGCUGUGGAUUGAUAGUAGCCUGCGCUCUCCUGCUGAUGUCCACCAUAGCGUUGCUCUGUAAGGUGUGCCGGCUGAGGAGACGCCUGAAACUGACCGAUGGUGACGGUGACCCGGUCAGCUGCGCGGAGUACCGCGUGGGGAAAAACGGCCCGGGGACAGACUCCAAAGAAACGGCCGUGUUGAUGACCGAAAUGAGUCAAACUAACCAGGAGGGGAGCAACGGGACCGCCGUAGAGGACGGGGGAAUGGAGGAUGGAGAGGAGAGGGAGGUGGGAGACCCCCCCAACAGCGAGGAGGCCUUUAAACCCGCCGCCGAUGGAGGAAACCCGUCCUCCUCGGAACCUGAACAAGAAGAAGCCCCCCCACCAGCUGUGGCCUCCUCACCUGAAGGCCCGGAGGAGUCAAAGGAUGUGGAGUAGAGUAGAGCUUUUGGGUUUCUUUACAGCAACUUUAACCUCCAUAUCGUUUUACAACUGCUCAAUCAUUCCGGUUUUUAUCAGCUUUUACUCUGAGCAUUUUUUAUCAAAACCCACUGUUUGACAGAGCACCGUGCUGACAUUUGACACUCACUUUAGUGGGGAAAAUGAUCAUUUUAACUGUAACUUCUUUCCUUUUUUUUGUUGUUGCGAGACUGAAAGCAUUCAUGUGCGAAGAGUUAUAACUUCUGUUUUGAAUUAAAUGCUGCCAUUUCUCAUUAAAACGUGUAACCGU